UAAAUUGUGUGCAUGCAAAGAAGUCUCAGAAAAAUUUUACAAUCAUACAUGCUACAAGUUUUCUGCUUGCUGUUUUGACUAGUUCUAGCGAUUAUUGACAGCAAGAAUGAACGUUGGCGUCUCUCUUCUCCUCCUAGCCGUACUGUGUGGUGCAGCGAUGGCCCAGGAGGUCAUUAACAUUGGGUUCAUCUACUCUGGAUCUGGCCAGUACAUCACAGCAGGAGUGCAGCCUGCAGUGUACCUGGCUGUGGAAAUGAUCAAUAACAGUACAAACAUUCUACCAGGCUAUCAGCUCAAUAUUUCAUACACAAGAGACUCAGAGUGUGACCCUGCCCAGUCACAAGAAGCUUUCUUCCCCCCUCAACUUUCUGACCAGUCAGGACCAGACAACAUCGCCAUCGUCGGGUGUGGCUGCUCCCUUGCCACUGAACCGAUAGCUGAAGUAUCUCAAUAUUGGAACAUGAUACACAUGUCGUAUGCGUCGUCCUCCGACAUACUUAGUAAUGGAGAUCGUUUCCCGAACUUUUGGAGAACGUAUCCAACUGAGUCUAACCUGGCCAACUCAGUACUGGCCCUCAUGAAGCAGUACAACUGGAAACAGUUGAAAAUCAUUUCACAGAACGAACCCAUUUUCACCUCAAGCACGGAGACCCUGUAUAGAACCCUCAACGGGUUUGGGGUGACGGUGGUGAGGGACGGGGGGUCUUUGAUCAGUUCCAACUCUGAGAGCUCAUUGAACGACCUCUUCACCCCUGAGGUCCGGGUCUACAUGCUCAACAUGUACCCAAGACAUGCCAGGAGAGUCCUCUGUGAAGCUGCCAGGGCUAAAAAGAGAAUGGCCAGUGAGGAGCUCAGAUAUGAAAAGUAUGUGUGGAUCACUCUGGGUUGGUAUGGUAAUGAAUGGUGGAGAGUGGAGAGAUUGAUGAACGACACACUCAACUGUACUAACCAAGAUGUGGAGCAGUUCCUACCCAACACACUAGCUGUCAUACAGGCUAACACGGCCAUCAAUGAAUCUUCACCUACUAACGUAGGACUGACUGCUGAAGAGUUCCAGAGUGAGUACAACCGUCUGUUGAUAGAGGAGGGGCUGGUCUACGAACACUCUGCCUUCCACGCCUAUGAUGCCAUCUGGACCUUAGCCUUUGCUAUGAACAGUUUCAUUCAAGAUGGUGGCAAUCUGGCUAGCUAUAGCCGACUCAAUUCUAGCAUUUACGAUAGUCUCAAUUCCUAUCGUGCCAACACUGACUUUAUUGGAGUUUCGGGUCAAGUGCUACUGAACGAGAAUGGGACAAGAGUCGCUAACAAUCCCAAGAUCCUCAAGUACAGGGACAGCGAUGUCACCAACAACUGCGGGAAGAGUGGUCCAAUGUCAAUUGAGAGAGAACGGAUCGGAUAUGUUAACGUCUUGAAUUUGAGCGAUCCAAUUUAUAAGUAUUUUAUGUGUGAGGAUGACGACACCACUUGGCCAGAUGGUGUUCCCGUGGACGGCUUACCCAGGAAUAGAACAGUGACCAUCCUCCAACCUUUAGUGAUCGUCUACUACACCCUCACCGGAAUUGGACUCAUCUUUGCCCUUGUCUGUCUUCUCUUUAACAUCAUAUUCAGAAACAGAAAGAUUGUGAAGCUUAUUAGUCCCAACCUCAACUAUGUCAUUGUGUUUGGCUGCUGUUGUAACUAUUUAGCCGUCUUCUUCUUUGUAUUCCCCUCAUUGGAUCACGAUCUAGUCCAAUUUGCCUGCCAUAUAAGGCUGUGGCUGCAAGCAAUCGGUUACUUCUCUUCAUUUGGAGUCAUCUUAUUUAAGAUGCUCAGAGUCUAUAUCAUAUUUAAGACUAACACUGUGUCAAAAAAGAAGCGAUCCAAGAUCCCCAAGGACUGGCAACUAUUCCUCGGGGUGUGUGCUAUGCUGUUGAUAAUUUGUUUAAUCCUGGCUGUGGUUGUUGUGGCUGGGAAGUACGAGGCGGUCGAUGUAGAGGACAAGGAGCUACCACCGGGGAGAGAUGAAAAUGGAACCCUGUUGAGUUAUCACAACCUAGUGUGCAGCGGACCACGGGACAUCAUCUGGAUUGCCGUCGUAUAUGGCUAUAUCCUCAUCACUCAUCUCGUGGCUGUGGUUUUGGCAUUCCUUACUAGAAAGAUCAAUAUCAAGGCUCUCAAUGAUUACAAAUACAUCUCCGCCAUUACGUACAUAUCGUUCAUCCUUCUCCUCAUAAUGUUAGUGAGUGCGCUUACCCUGGACGAGUUUCUGAACGCCGAUGCUGCAGUCUUUAGUGGCGUAUUUUUCAUAUUCUCCACUGUGGUGCUCACUCUGACCUUCAUUCCAAAGAUGGUGAUCCUGUACAAGGACCCCAAGGGUGAGAAGAUCUUCCAGCGGUCAAUGAGUCAGGCUGGCACAAUUCUCGGCAACCAGCUUCCAGAAGAUGACAGCUCUCGCUAUUUGGAGCUGGAGCAGCACUGCAAGCAACUUGAGGGACGACUCGCAAAAUCUGGCGAGGUGGUGCCCACCUUCCGACCAAGAGCCGAGUCAAGCUUCAAACUCAAGAGCACUAGUUUCUCAUCCAUGCCACCACCCAGCCCAUCUUACAGGUCCGCCAACAUGGUUCUGAGCUUGUCCCAACCCUCCACCCCCACCCACACAAUCAGUUCCGCCCUCAAGCCGGGAACCAGCGACUACUUCACCGAGGGAGAAGAGAGAAACAGCACUGCUAGCAGUACAGAGCCUAAGGAAUUGGAGGAUGGAAAGCUGUCACAGUAAAAUCAAGUACAGGUGUUGAACUAUCAGACAGUAAAACCGUUUUAUGGCAGUGUUUUUUUCAUAGCUUGCAAUUGUGUGUGUGCUUGCGUGUUCACUUAUUAUGUGUGUUUUGUAACUUUGUGUACAUUCCAAAUUUUAUGCAGUCUGCAUCAAUCAAUCAUAAGUUUUUUGUGAAAUA